AUGCCGUCUGCUGGGAAAGAGGAAGCCUUGUUUAGUAAAGAAGUGGACGAGGACGAGGACGAGGAAGAGGAAGCACUAGAGAAGUAUAUCUCCUACAUGGGAGGAGAUGACUGUAAAGAACCAGCGAGGGCUUGGGUGGAUUGCAUGGUGGAAGCUGAGAAGAACAAGGAAGAUAUGGACACCAAGUGUUGCCAACACGCUUCGACGAUAGAGAAGUGUAUGAAUUCUCACCGUGAUCAGUACCAACCCUUGCUCGCCUUGGCAACUACUCGUAGAGAACAUAUGAGGAGGGGCCUCGAAGAAGCCCUUGGGAUUGAGAUUCCUAAAAAGGGAACAUUCCGAUAUCUAUAA